AUGUCAAAUAAAAAGAUCGAGCAAUGGGAAAUUGAGCGAUACUGGGAGAUUUUCUCUUCCCUCGCAGGCGGCCAGACCCGCCUGAACAACUCCCAAGCCGCCUCCGUGCUCAGGAACAGCCGGCUCCGCGAUGAUCAACUCGAGAAAGUCUGGGAUCUGGCAGAUCUCGACGGAGACGGCGAGUUAGACUUUGAGGAAUUCUGUGUUGCUAUGCGAUUGAUCUUCGAUAUCGUGAACGGGGAACUACAAAAUGUCCCCAAUACACUACCCGACUGGCUCGUUCCUGAAUCUAAAUCCCACCUUGUUCAUGCCACUCGCGCUCUGAGUGGGGGUCAGGAGCAAUUUGAACGCAUAGAGGAUGAGGACAGCACACCCGGCUUGAAGGACGGCUUUGACUGGUAUAUGAACCCGUCGGAUAAGUCCAAGUAUGAGGAGAUAUAUGCCGCCAACAAGAAUCAUCGCGGUGAUAUUACCUUCGAGUCAUUGCAGCCUCUAUAUGAAUCGCUUGAUGUUCCGGAUACCGACGUCCGCUCUGCUUGGAACUUGGUGAACCCAUCUGCAUCCUCCGCUAUCAGCAAAGACGCAACUCUAGCCUUCCUUCAUAUCCUAAACUACCGUCACGAGGGCUUUCGCAUUCCCCGCACCAUCCCCGCCUCCCUGCGCGCGUCAUUCGAAAGCAACAAGAUCGAUUACCAACUUGAGAACACACGUCCGGCCCAGAAAUGGGGCUCAAAUGGGGAUACCGAAACCGCAUCGGGCCGCAAGGCUAAAUUUGGCGAUACCUAUUUGAGUCGACUCGGGGUAGCCGGGAAAACCACUUACACUCCCAAGGGGACGGACUUUAGCGAGACCAUUCAGGAUGAGGAAUGGGAGAAGGUCCGAUUGCGACGAGAACUCGCAGAGCUGGACGCCAAGUUGCAGUCGGCGACAAAAGCUUCGGAAGGCCGGAGGGGUGGUCAAAGGGGCGAUGGCCGGCCAAACUGGGUUCUCAUCAAGAAAGAGGCGCUCCAGCUUCUGGAGUACAAGGAGCGUGAGAUGCGCGAAUUGCGAGAGGGCACCGGAAGGGCCAAGGCCGGUGGUGAUAUUGAGCGCCUGAGCGAGGAUGUCCGAGCAGUUGGUGAACAGGUCGAAGGACUGAAGAGUCACCUCAUCCAGCGAAAAAGCUACCUUGCCGACUUGCGGAGUCAGAUUGAAGAUGAGCGAUCGUCCCGAUAG